AUGUCGUGGACUCUGCUCCACACCAAACAUUGGGCUUUCUCGGCCGACGAUCACAGCAAGAGCUACCUCGUCGGAGGGGGAGAACAUUUGAUCGCCGUUGUGGUUGGAUCGAGGUGUGAAUCGAUUAGGGUUCUCAAGUUUAACGAGAAUCUCAAGGUGUGGCAGUGUGCUCCUCACCUGAAAGGUCAAGUGGUUUUCUUGAGCUCCCCGUCAAGUAUAACCAUGUCGUGCAAGGAGCUAGGAGUCCCCUGGUUGGACAACACCAUUCAUUUUGCAAGAUUCCAUCAAAGGCACAAUGUGUUCUACUCCCUCUCAACCGCCAAGUUCCACUUGAUGGGCAAUAAUAAGUAUGCUUCACAUGACUUGCUUGGCACAAACAUUCCGCUAAAUUGCACUUGGAUUCCCAACUUCCACUACCUUUCUGACCGCCAGCUUGACUGGUCACUACAGAACCCCGAUGCACCGUCACUUGAAGAAGAAGAAGAAGAAGAAGAAGAAGGCAGAGCUGGAGAAGAAAUCACUGAAGAAGAAGAAGAAGGUUUGGUGGAACAAGAAGCAGCAGAGGCAGAGACGGAGCGACCGUGGAUUGUUAUGUCUCACGGAGAGAAAGCAGAAGAAAAGAUCACAUUCGUGGAUUUGGCCACCGGCGUGUACCGUUCAAAGGAGACUAGUAGUAUGGAAGAAAGAUUGAGAGGGAAAAGAGUGUAUGGCCACGGUUAUGGGCGGGUGCUGCUGAUGGAUCUCGAGGCGCGAGAUUGUGUUGUGUUCAACACAAAGUCUAUGGCUUUCGAUUCGCUGCCGACGUGGGAAAAGCGUGAGAACUUGGUCUAUCGAUGUUGUUUGCUCCACAUGCCCGCCGACGGUUCCGAAUUCAUGGUCAUGAUCUUUGGGGAAGCUGCCGGCGAGGGUGUGGCAAUGUUGUGCGGAGUUGGUGAUAAGGAGUGGACAAUUAGCGAGGGAGGAGGUCAAGUGUUUGUAGCUGCUUCCUACCGAGGCAGGAUUUACGGGAUUGGAACACCACCAGGAAGCAAACUCCGAUUUCUGGAGAUCAAGUUGCGGCCAAAUUAUGGGGUCAAAGUGAUCCAACAGAUUCAAGUUAUGCAACGUUCGCCCAAGGGGUGUGGCGACAUUAAGCGUUAUCUGGUUGAAUCCCGCGGCGAGCUUCUAUUUUUUCAACAGGAUUUCGCCGGGGAUUUCCAUACGAAUCGAAAUGCACACGUUAUCCUGGAUGUAAGGGUGUUCAAGAUCGAUGUCAAGAAGAUGCGAAUGGAAGAGGUAGAGGAUCUUGGAGACAGGGCAUUCUUUUUCGCCUCGUCGUCGUCCAGCAACCUGUACAUAUACGACUACGGAGAUCGAAGCGUUUUGGUUACCUCAUCGUGUCCGGAGCUGGAGCAGUGUUCCAUGCACCAACUUGUCAUGUGUCAUCAGUUAGUUUAG